CGCCAGUCGUUGGAGACACGCCUGCUCAGUGAAAACAUAACCUCAAAAUUGAAGAGGUGAGGUUGAGGUAAUAUUGAAAAAAAAAUGAACCCAUGAACUCCACGCCUUUCUCUAAAGUAGUAAUAUCUUCUUUUGAUAUUUAUUAUUCAUUAAUUGCACUAUUUGUCGUGAAUCUAUCAAGUUUCGAGUUCUUUACCUCAUAUUGUAUCAGUAUACCCUGAAAUAUUGUGUGUACAAUGUUCUUAUACAUCGGUGUUUUUAGGUGACUUUAUUGUGUCUCGUUUCUUCUUGAUCCUCACAUUGCUCCCGGUCUUUAUACUUACGAUCAAUUCCUACUCAAAUGAAUAGAAUCAGCAGGAUAUUCAAAUCUCAUCUCAUCUCUGAUCAAUUCACAAAGUGUAACUCAUGGUCUCGAAAGAGAUGGGCUCUUUCAUAUUCAACACAAACUCAGCCUGCCGAAGCAGAAAGUACCUCAGAUCUCAUUGGCAGCAAAGAAGGAACCAAGAGAGUCUCUCCAUUGAUGCAUGAAGAUUUUUUCAAUGUUCAUAGUCUAUUCACAAUGAAUGACCUGUUCGAUGCUCGAGUUCAUUAUGGUCACAAAGAGGGUUCACUCAAUAAUUUUAUGAGGCCCUACAUUUUCGGCUCGCGUUUGGAACAUCUCAUCUUUGAUUUGGACAAAACCGCUGAACACUUGCGUCUGGCUCUAAACAUAGCUGCUCACAUCGCUUACAGAGAUGGGAUUAUACUUUUCAUCGGACAGACUCCUCAAAAUGCUCAUCUUAUUGAAGCCACUGCCAAAGAAUGCGGUGCGUAUGCGCACACACGAUUGUUUCAGAAAGGAUUGUUCUCAAAUUCAACAACUGUAUUCAAUGGUAUCACCAGGUUGCCUGAUUUGUGUAUUUUCUUUAACACUCUUUCAACUGUUUUGGAGGAGCAUAGAGGUGUCGCAGAGGCAGCUAAAAUGAAUAUCGCAACAAUUGGGAUCGUAGAUACAAAUUGUGACCCAAGGCUUAUCACCUACCCGGUCCCUGGAAAUGAUGACUCUCCUGUUAGUCAAGAGCUCUAUUGUAAAUUGUUUAAAGCAGCCAUUUUAAAAGGCCAAGAGAGGCGCCGGCUAGAUUUUAGGAAAACCAUUGCUGAGGAUCCUAAACCUGUUGAUUUGUCCGAGUAAAUGUGCAGAAAUUCAACCAAACUAUUUAUCUGCAAUGGAAUUAUCUUGUAAUAUAAUGGUUUUAUUUCUAAAUUUGA